CUCAUGUGCCUGCUUACUCUACCUACACCCUCAUGGCUCUCUAGCACCCAGAGUCUUGACAGAUAGGCCAUGGUGGUCCUAGUCUCUUCCCUACGCUCAACAGGGGCACAGCCCCCUCACUGACAGGACCCAAGCCCAGCGCAGCCAUGACCAUCACCUACACCAACCAGGUGGCCAACGCCCGCGUGGGCUCCUUCUGCCGCCUGCUGCUCUGCUGGCGAGGGAGCAUCUACAAGCUGCUCUACGGGGAGUUCCUCAUCUUUCUACUCUGCUAUUACACCAUCCGCUACAUCUACAGGCUGGCCCUCAGCGAGAGGCAGCAGGUGGUGUUUGAGAAGCUGAGCUUGUACUGCGACAACUACAUCCAGCUCAUCCCCGUGUCCUUCGUGCUGGGCUUCUACGUGACACUGGUCCUGACGCGCUGGUGGAACCAGUACGAGAACUUGCCGUGGCCCGACCGCCUCAUGAGCCAGGUGUCUGCCUUCGUGGAGGGUCGCGACGAGCACGCCCGGAUGAUGCGGCGCACGCUCAUGCGCUACGCCAUACUGGGUCACGUCAUCAUCCUGCGCAGCGUCAGCACCGCGGUCUACAAGCGCUUCCCUACCCUGCAGCACCUAGUGCAAGCGGGCUUCAUGACGCCCGCGGAGUACAAGAAGCUGGAGCAGCUGAGCCUCCCCCACAACAUGUUUUGGGUGCCCUGGGUGUGGUUUGCCAACCUGGCCAUGCAGGCCUGGCACGAAGGCCGGAUCCGCGACCCCGUGCUGCUGCAGGGCCUGCUGAACGAGAUGAGCAUCUUGCGCACUCAAUGUGGGCUCCUGUACGGCUACGACUGGAUCAGUAUCCCGCUGGUGUACACACAGGUGGUGACCGUGGCAGUGUACAGCUUCUUCUUGGCCUGUCUCUUGGGCCGGCAGUUUCUGAUCCCAGCCAAGGCCUAUCAGGGUCACGAGAUGGACAUGGUGGUCCCCAUCUUCACGUUCCUGCAGUUCUUCUUCUACAUGGGCUGGCUGAAGGUGGCCGAGCAGCUCAUCAACCCCUUUGGAGAGGAUGAUGAUGACUUUGAAAUCAACUGGAUCCUCGACAGGAAUCUGCAGGUGUCCCUACUGUCUGUGGACGAGAUGCACCAGAACCUGCCGCCCCUGGAGCGGGACAUGUACUGGAACGAGACGGAGCCUCAGCCCCCCUACACGGUCGCUGCCUCUCAGUCCCGCCGCACGUCCUUCCUGGGCUCCACCUUCGAUAUCAGCCUGCAGCUAGAAGACAUGGAGUUCCAGCCAAUCAAGGAGGAGAACGAGGCCAACCAGGAAGUCAUCGGCCGCUUCCUCGGGCAACAGCUCAGUGAGUGCCCUUCGAGGAAGCUGCUUCCCCCCAAGAAGAAGCCUUUCCGCCACUACAUCUGGACCAGAGCCACCCAGCAGUACCCUGGGGCACAGGAGGACGGAAAGCUGCGUCCCACAGAUGCCUUCAAGGUGGCCCCCCUCUAUGAGAGGACUGGCUACCACAGCGCCCCGCAGACGCCCCUCAGCAGCUUCCCCAUGGUCUUCCCUGAACUGUUUGAAUCCCAGACGCAUCAGGACACCUCAGACACAGACACAAAAGACCACAGCCCGAAGCAGGCGGGGUCUAGGACCAAUUACGAGCUGCUCCCUACCAGUGACAGCCCCUCAGAGGAGCCCUCUGGAGUUGAUCCCAAGAAGAAUAUGGACCUGAUGCAUAUUCCAGAGCCUCCCAAAGGUCACCUCCCAGAGCCACAUUCGGAGCAGUCGCCUGGCAGCCUGUACCCUGCACCCAGGGAGCACACAGACCCCUACUGGGCCUUGGAAGACAGGGACAUUGCCCACUCCUGAUCCAUCUCAGGAAGAUGUCACCAGCCUGGUCCUCGCCUGCAUGUACACCGCCGGGACACUGGUCCAGUCGUAGCCACACAGCUGUCUACACGCUUGUUCCUGUGAUAGCCUGGUUAGCUCAGUGGGUGAGAAUAAAGGAGC